CCACCCUGUUUCAUCCUGUCAUAAAACACAGGGGCCCAACUGUGGAGACCUUCUCCAGCAACAGCACCCAUCUCUCUCUCUCCAAUCCCAACCUGAGCGCGGCCACGGAAGUAGAGCUCCAAUUCACCUUAAGUCCGUUCUUCUGUCAGAAGGCAUUAACGACCACAAACACAAUGCGUCUCCUGAACGACACCGACUCCGUGGAUGAGGAGGACGUGGCAAGGGAUGAGAUUCUGGCCAAGGUGGAGAUCGCGCUGCUCAGUAUCAUCUUCGUCAGCGCGGCCAUCCUCAACACCGCCCUGCUGCUCGUCCUCUGGAGAGAGCGCAAACAGAUGUCCAGGAUGCGCGUCUUCGUCUUCCACCUGUGCCUGGCGGAUCUGGUGGUCGCUUUCUUCCAGGUGUGUCCGCAGCUCAUGUGGGACAUCACGGACAGAUUCGUUGGACCAGACCUGGUGUGCCGCCUGGUGAAGUACCUGCAAGUUCUCGGCAUGUUUUCAUCGACUUACAUGAUCGUGGUGAUGACAGUUGACAGAUACCAAGCCGUCUGCAACCCGAUGGUGAAGUUCCAGCGGACGCGCACAAGACUGAACGUCCCCGUGUGCAUCGCGUGGGGGGUUUCUCUGCUGGGCAGCUUGCCACAGGUUUUUAUUUUCUCACAGGUCGAGGUCGCACCCGGCGUGUUUGACUGCUGGGCUAAAUUUAUCCAGCCAUGGGGGCUGCAGACUUAUAUAACCUGGACCACGCUGGUCAUUUUUGUUUUACCUGUUAUUACAGUUGUUGUUUGUCAAGUGCGCAUCUGCCGAGCCAUCCAGAUCAACCUGUACCAAAAGAUCCAUCAGCAGGGCAGCGUGGGACUCCCUUUUCCAUCCAGAGCCAGCGGUGUGGCCGGAAUGUCCAAGGCCAGGGUGAAGACGCUGAAGAUGACAGUGGUCAUCGUGCUCGCUUAUAUUGUCUGCUGGACUCCCUUCUUCACUGUCCAGCUCUGGUCCGCCUGGGACGAACAUGCGCCAAAAGAAACUGCGACUUUUACCAUCCUGAUGUUGUUGGCUAGUCUGAACAGCUGCGCCAAUCCCUGCAUUUACCUUCUGUUCAGCGGUCAGUUCCCCAAGAGGCUGGUGACGCUCCUGUGCCAGCGGCAGUCCGACGGAAAGGACUCAAUGCAUGAGGAGGCGACGCUGGUCAGCACGUUGUACAUGAGCUUCAAAAAUGUAUCUGAGUCUAAAUGAAGACGACGCCUUAUGAUUUGGAAACGGGAACAGGCUGAUAGGGGGAAGCGUGCGAGGUCGGUGCGCCUCGUGAAGCUGCCUCUGAACUCGCUCUGCAUUUGAACGAUUGUUUCCUCUGAACGGGAGAUAUGGAGACCCGAUCGUAUCUGUCUGGGUCCCUGACAUAUGAAAACUUGGGGUUUCAUAGAAACAUUCACCAAAAGUGGUCGUGAGUGAGAACUGCGCUCCAGAUGUUGUUGGGUGUGGACUGUUGGAUCGAUGCUCUUUGGUAAAGGAUCAGUAAAGACUCUGCGAGCAGCUGGUGUCAUCACAAUGUUACUAUGACUGUGACAGUUUUGAUAUGUAAAUAUUCCUCACAUUUAGCUAAUAGAAGCUGGAUUUGGACUUUUUGCACUUUUGCCUUUACAGACAGAUUCAGUGUUUGGAUUUCAGAUAAAGCUGUUCAGGAUAAAGAGGAACUUCUUCUGUUGUUAUUUUGUGUCUGAAAUUAUGUUUGUGGGAUUUUGAGCAAAUUGCCAGUAGUUAUACUUUGAAAUUAGCACAGUCCUUUGAGUUGAGCUCAGAGACCUUGAGGUAAUAAGAUUUACUAUAUUAUUGUCCAAUGAGAAAGCUAUUGCAAAGAGUGAAAGCAAGGUUGUGUUUUAAGGAAUAUAACACAGAAGAAAUAUGAAAUGCAACAUGUGGCUGCCUCCAAACAAGCUGUUGUAACAUAACUGCAUUUAAUGAUGAUGUGAAAUACAGUUGUCACAACUAUAAAUGUUCUCUGUGGUGAAUAACUGAGUAACUAUAUUUGUGAAAUCUUGUUGUAACCGACUAUAGAAAAAA